GUCAGUCCGUAAUCAUGGUAUACUUUGUUGUUUUCUGUCACAUGGGCGACUACGUGAACAUUACAAUAUGGGUUUGCAACUUCCGCAAUGUAUUGGAGUACUUUCAGUGCAAAUUUUUUUCAUUUUCCUCUGCUCAACCAGUUCAGUAGUUACAUUGACUGGGGAUAAAGUAUGUCACAGAGGGAAUGAAACUUCCUGUUGUAAAGACUAUGAAGAAAGAAAUAACAUAUGUGUUGAGUGUAGACCUGGAUUUCGGGGGUUUGAUUGCAACUUGACAUGUCCUGAAAAUCAUUAUGGUCCGCGUUGUAAUAUGCCAUGCAAUUGUAAUAACAUAUCUGAGUACUGUCAUCCUGUAUGUGGAUGUAUUUCAAAUCUGACCAAACCUUUGAUGAUUGACAAUGUUACCAACACGGAACAUUACGUUAACAUUACAGAUUUAGAGCAAACCAUUUCGGUGGAAUCGUGUUUAUCUUCGAUUAAUAAAUCCAUGGAAACAACAGACAAAUCCAUCGAAACAAAAAACAACAACUUUGGAAAACCCGCUGAUGAAAGACCCUCCAUUAAAGACCACACAAUUUUGAUUGUAUUUCUUGUCGUAAUGCCAUGCGUGUUAUCUGCCUGCUUGCUCCUCUUUUUCGGAAUAACUUACAGAAAAUGUUAUACCAGAAAGAAAGAAGAAGGACAUGACGAUAUUCAUAAUGCGUUAUACAUAACCCAAGAAGGAAACAGAGAAAACAACACUUAAAGCAGAGAAGAUACGUCUGGAGAUCCAGUCUAUGGUUCUUGUGAAGACUCUUGUUAUAGUACAUUAACACUGAGGGUUAACUAUGGCCCUAUACACUCAUGUAAUCAAAGCGGACCUUCUGAAGAUGUUAAUCCUUAUGGCUAUUCGUAUAAAGAGAAGGGAAAUGUAGCUAGAAUACAAGGAAAGAACGACAAUAAUAUUUAUUUCGAUAAUGAAAAUGUUCAAAU